AUGGGUCCUCCAACAGAUCGGCAGAAAAUCCUCGAUGGCCUGAGACAACAAAUCAAAGAUGGGAAACCCAUCGUUGGUGCAGGAGCCGGUAUCGGACUUUCCGCAAAGUUCAUUGAGCAAGGCGGAGGAGAUCUGAUCAUCAUCUACAAUUCUGGCCGGUUUCGAAUGGCAGGUCGUGGCUCGCUCGCAGGACUGAUGCCUUACUCAAACGCGAAUGAUGUGGUCGUUGAUAUGGCCAAGGAAGUCAUUCCGGUGGUGAAGCAGACUCCCGUACUUGCUGGCGUGUGUGGGACAGACCCUUUCAAAGACAUCCCGCGAUUCUUGAAGCAGCUGAAAGACCUGGGCUUUGCUGGAGUGCAGAACUUUCCGACUGUAGGGUUGAUCGAUGGUUCCUUUCGCGCGAACCUGGAGGAGACUGGCAUGGGUUAUGAUCUGGAAGUCGAGUGCAUCAAACUGGCGCACGAGGAGGACAUGCUGACCACGCCGUACGUCUUCUCACCGGAAGAUGCAACGAAGAUGGCAAAGGCUGGAGCGGAUGUCGUGGUGGCACACAUGGGUCUGACCUCGUCGGGCUCAAUCGGUGCGAAGACUGGCAAGAGUCUCGACGACUGUGUGCGGGAGGUGCAGGCGAUCCGCGAUGCUGCGACUCAAGUCAACAAGGACAUCAUCGUCCUAUGCCAUGGAGGUCCGAUUGCAGCUCCAGACGACGCCAAAUACGUGAAAGACAAAGUGAGCGGCGUGCAUGGCUUCUUUGGAGCGAGCUCGAUGGAGCGACUGCCGGUCGAACAGGCCAUCACGAACAUUACCCGCGAGUUCAAGGGUAUCUCGGUGAAACAGUGA